AUGAAUCCAGGAUCUGCGCAGGUGACACUGCUAUCAGAUGGGCCACCAAAAAUGUUCACGUUCGAUGGAGCGUACUACAUGGACGCCACUGGAGAACAAAUCUACAACGACAUCGUCUACCCUUUGGUUGAGGUAACAUAGUU